GAUACAGAGGGGUGAGAAGGGGUUAAGACACGUGUACACAUGUGUGAUUAGCAUCUGUGUGAAAUGCAAGUGUCUGAACCACCCGUGUUCUUCCUUGCCACCUGUUUAGCUGGUAUCACCUGGGCAGAAUUAGCGUUGAACUAACACUUGUCACACUCAUACAUCCCUGGGACAGCAUGUGUGCGUCUAUGUGUUAGUUGGUUGAGGCUGGCGAUGCCCUGGUCCGCCCGCUGCCGAUCUCUGACGAAGGGAUGAGGGGCAGGCGACGAAGAAAACCGAGCGGUUGGUGACGUGGCGCUCUGGGGGAACAUGUUAAGUUCUAAGAUGGCUCGGCCUCAGACCCGUGUUCACUGUGCCUAGGAUUAUACAUCGCUAACACGGAACACUCUGUGUAACAACUACGAAUCAGAUGCACAGUAUAUCUCCAAGAGGGAAAUGACCAACGGGCACCUUUGUCACCCCAAACUGCCUCCCUCACAAUGUAGUAGUUACAAAGGCAACUAGAAACACCGAAUGAUGUUCUGGCAAUGACGCCCCCCCCCCCUCCCUCGAACUGAUCUUGCUGAAAGGAGGUGAAGGCAGCCAUUCUUCUAGUCCACCGUGGUCAUCAUGCCCAAGUUCCAGAAGUUCGUCAAGUUGUCGUCAGGAGGAGAUGGUGGAGGAGGAGGUGCCCGAGGUGCCUCCCUCAAGAACCGGCCUGCCAGUCGCAUUAACUCCUCCAACACCAGUACUACUACUACCACCACCACCAGUAGUAGCAGCAGCAGCACCAGCAGCCGCGCCAACACUACCAACAGCAAUAGCAACAGAACCGUAGUGAAAGUAAUAACGUCGACUAUAGGAACAACCGGCAACAAAAGCAGCAAGAGUAUCAGUGGAGGAAGCAGCACCAAUAGCAAUAAUAGCAUCAACAGCAGCAGCAGCGGAGUCGGUGAUACUCUGAGUAAAGUGCCUGGGGGUCUGAUCCUGCCAGAAAAUGCAGUCGAGGUCCAUUUCUUCCCAGACUCUGAGAGCAACAUUACUCGCAUCCCGGGUCGCGGAGACGUGAUCCAGUUGCGCCACCACGGCCGCGUCAUCACCCUGCCCGUCGUCCCCUCCUCAGACCCUGACAAGACGGACACCACGAGCCAAUCUGUGUCGUACCCUUACAAAAACAGCGCCCCUCAGGACGCCCCUGUGGACUUUAGCCCAGGGGGACCACGCGGGGAUCCACUACUAGCUAGAACUGCCCCUGUAGCCCCGCCAUCGCCCACAGGAAACGUCUCGGUAGAUUCUGGUGUCAUGGACGUCUCUGGCGGGAGCAGCACUGAGAGUCUCGGUCUACCUCCCUCCGAGCUCUUCCGCAGUGACGACUCCCUGAACAAUAGUGACCUGGUGCCUGUCACUGCCGCCAAACUGCCCAGCAUCGAAAGCGCCUUCAGUAGAGUCGGGGAUGUGUUCCGAGGGUCUGACUCCCUCACCACCCUCUCAUCAGACCCACCCUCGACACACCCCUUCGACCCCCCGCCCUCCUACACCACCUUAAGGACAGUGACGUCAUCAGUGUACACCCCACCGUACCAAGGUCCAGCCACCAGCCUACCCUCGCCGCCCCCGCCCUCCACCCUACCGUACACCCACGAGUCGCUCUACGUGGAAGCCGUGGGAGCUCUAGGCACCUACCAGCCCAUCAGCCCGCCCACCACCCUCCUCACGCCCACAGACUCCGUCCACUCUCACCUCCUGCCUACCAUGCAUAAUUACUCUCCUGAAUAUGCGUUAAGGUACGCGGAGCCGAGCAGCGUGGGAGGCAGCAGCGGCAGUCUACAACUGGGAUAUCCUCACACCACGAUGGCCAGCUGUACCAUCCCUCGCUCCCUGCCCCGCUCCCACCUGCCCCUCACCACCUCCACCUGCACACCUGGUAUGGGAACACUGAUCGGGGAGAACGUCCAGCCUCGCACCGGGCCUGGCUCACGGGGAGGCAAGACACGUUCACAGCGGGUCCAUGAGAAGCUCUCCAGAGAAGAUAAAGGGGAGAACCACAGGAGGGGGAGGGGCGGCGAAGAAUACAAGAGGUCGGCGUGUGACAGGGAGAGGACCCGGAUGCGAGACAUGAACAACGCCUUCGAUCUACUGAGGGAGAGACUACCCUUCUCUAAGCCCCUGGGCAAGAAGUGUAAUAAGAUGGACAGUCUCAGCGGCAGAGAUCGCUUCCCUUCCAAACUAGAGACGCUGAGUGUCCUGGGAAUGGAUGGCAGACCUGGGCUACACUUCUGGGGAAAGGUGGGGAUUGGCAGCCCUGCGACCAGCUGAUCACCUCCCACCCGCCACAGGUGUUCCUCACACACCUGUGCUCAGUUACCGCCCGCCAAUAUUAUUACAUUUUCCCAUGACACUUUAAUUCAUAAAGGUCUUCUUGCAAUGUAGGCCAUGAGGAGU